AAACGCCUCAUUCGCAGCCCUCGCGAGGCUUGUAUCUCUCUCUACCUAAACCUCGCGCAGGUCCCUUCUUUCGAAACCCUCAUCUGCUUUCUCUCUCUUCCCCUUCUGUGAUUUAUUGGCGAAAUUUUCCGGCCAUUUUCGGUGUUUGCCGGCGUAGUUUCCGUCAUAUCAGAGCUAGGGUUUUGUAGACAAGCUUUGGCCAUGUGGGAUUGAUUCACUGUGCCCCUUGGUCUGGUUGCCGUUUCUUCUUUGAGAGAGAAGAGAGGGAGGUUUUGAGAGGAGAGUGCUCCCGUUUUCUUUAAUUGCGGCUAUCAGGGGUCAUAAAAAUAUGGAGCAUGAUGAGACUGGAUGUGAGGCUCGUGAGGGACCCAUCCUCUGUGUCAACAACUGUGGCUUCUUCGGAAGUGCGGCGACAAUGAACAUGUGCUCCAAGUGUCACAAGGAUCUCAUUUUAAAGCAGGAGCAGGCCAAGCUCGCUGCCUCUUCUAUCGGGAGCAUCGUCAAUGGCAAUAACAACAGCAAGGAUCCUAUAAUUGCCAAUGCUGCUGAUGUAGUGGUGGGCCCUAUUGAGAACAAGGUUGUAACUUCUCAGCCAUCAGGGCUUGUUGGGUCUUCAUCAGAAGAAGGAGGGGGAGAGGUUAAGGCAAAAGAGGGACCAAAUCGGUGCACUGCUUGCCGUAAGAGAGUUGGGUUGAUGGGUUUCAAUUGCAAGUGCGGGAGCCUUUUUUGUGGGGUCCAUCGCUACUCAGACAAGCACAACUGCCCUUUUGACUAUCGGUCGGCUGCUCGAAAUGCGAUUGCAAAGGCCAACCCGGUUGUCAAGGCCGAGAAGCUCGACAAGAUAUGAUGCCGCUCUAUGCAUUAGAUCCUUGAAGGAGAGAAGGUUAAAGGGACUACUUUGAAAUGUUGCUUUCCCUAUGUGCACCUUUCCUUUCAGUUUGCAUCUCUUUUGGAAGAAAAUGGAACUGCUCUUUUCCCGCCGUCCGUUAUUGGUAUUACUUCUUAGGGGUGGUUGAAAUACGGGGCACCUUUUCUGUCUUUAAACUUGGUUGGUAUUCCCAGUUGAUUGGCAUGGGCCUUGUCAAUUCACUUUGGUGUGUGAGCUUUUCUCUGGUUUGUAGCAGGUUUGAUUGCAACUUAAUGCCAUGUUAUAUGGUUAGAUGUAUAGUUUUGGUUUUUGUUUGCUCUUUAUAUGGCCUUUACUUUGGAAGUGUUAGCCCCUGAACUUAAUAACUUGCUUUAAGCGAGGCUUGGUUUGUGCUCUUCACGUAUAUUGCUUGAUAGGUGUUUUCUUUGUGUUC